ACCCACCUACCUUACCUCUACCUUACCUACAGUACUUAGACCCCGUUGGCGGUUCAAUUCUCUUGUUCCCUUUUUUCUUUUUUGGUCCCUUGUGCCGAGCUUCUUUCCAAGUCACCAAAGGAAAUAAGAAGACGAAAAAUAAAGAAGACAACAUAGGCUUAUUCGUCAUGGCGCUCUCCCCUUCGUCACCAUCGGCCAAGGCGAGCCUCCCACCACUUCCCCUGCCGGCAGAUAUCAAGGAGAAUUAUGCCCAUUGCCCCACCAUUGGCCUAACAUUCCAUUUCCUCGAAGCCGGCUACACCCCAGAAAGGAACAAACCGCUCAUUCUCCUCGUCCAUGGCUAUCCCGAGCUAGCCUUCUCAUGGAGGAAAGUCAUGCCCUCGUUGGCAGCUGCGGGCUACUACGUGGUUGCAUACGACCAGCGCGGAUAUGGCAGGACCACCGGGUGGGACGACUCAACCUUCGCAAAGACCGACCUCUCCCAAUUCACCAAAACACAGCUCGUCCAGGACGCCGUUGCUUUGGUCUAUGCACUGGGUUAUCGGGAAGUCAAAUGUAUUGUUGGCCACGAUUUUGGGGCUGUCACGGCUUCCAUCUGUGCAUUGACUCGACCUGAUUUCUUCAAGUCUACCGUGCACAUGUCUCAUCCAUUCAAAAUGCAUUCGGGACUACCAUUCAAUACCGCUCACGGUGACGAUCAAGAUACCACACCUGGAGUUGAUAUCCAGCGGGAACUUGCAAAGUUGCCGGAGCCAAGAAAGCACUACAAGUGGUACAAUUCGACUGCGGUCGCUGCAUUCCAAUGGUCGGUCCCAUUACAGGGCCUUGAGGAUUUCCUCAGAGGUUACCUUCACGUCAAGAGCGCAGACUGGGAAGGCAACAAACCUUUCCCACUCGACGGCUGGAAGGCCACCGAACUCGCUAAGAUGCCAUACUACUACAUCAUGCCGCUGCACAAAUCCAUGCCAGAGACCAUCGCUUCAAUGAUGGAGACGGAAGAUGCGAACAAGACAAAGACAUGGAUGCCGGAAGAAGAUUUGGCUGUCUACGUCCAAGAAUGGUCUCGCACUGGGUUUCAGGGUGGUCUAAAUUGGUACCGCACAACUACAGACCCAUCUAAGACAAAAGACUUGGAUCUUUUCGCAGGCAAAAAGAUUGAAUGUCCAGUGACCUUCAUCUCCGGCGCUCAAGAUUGGGGAAAUUAUCAGGAACCUGGCGCCCUAGAGAAUUAUCCCAAUUCGUGCCUGCAGUUCAAAGGCGUUCAUCUUAUUCCUGGUGCUGGUCAUUGGCCACAGCAAGAGCAGCCAGAGAAGGUAGUGGACGCAAUCUUGAAUUUCCUCAAUAGCCUAUAACGGGAGGCGGCACUUCAGGUC